AUGCUCUCCGGAGUGAGCCUGUCUGCCGAUGUCCCGGCACAGGCCAAGCCUGGUGCGCCUGGAGUCAACGUUUAUGGCGCCAUUGUCUCCGACUGCUCAGCGUACGCUCUCACCAACAUCCACUUUGCGGAGCUCAUUGCUGGCCCAGGAGGCGAUGGUGUCUCGGCUCGAAACUUGACCGCGGUUGAGGGCAACUACGUCAACUCGGCCGAAGUCGCACAGCCGGUCAUCCCGGCCCGCGACGGCGAGCCCGGACAGGACGGCGAGAGCCGCCUGGGGCAGGUGCCCUGGCUUGAUCCACUCACCACGUCGAUGGCAGCUCUUGCACCGUGGACUGGCGGUGCAGGAUCACGCGGUCAUGGCGGAGGCGGGCGGGGCGGAGCCCACUCGGGCGCAUAUCGCGGACGCGCCAGCUACUUUGGACGGAUCACUUGUGUCACCGGUGGUGUGAUCGAUGAGGACCAGCUGGGGUGCGGAUCGCAUGGCGGGCUUCCAGCCACGGUCGGCUCUGGACCUGGUGGAUCUGCAGCGGCGCUGGUCAUCCGAGGCCCGAUCGGUGAGCUGAGUCUGCUCUCGUUUGGACGUGUCCAGGCCGGCCGGGCCGGUGCCCCGGGGGCAGGCGGCAUGGCUGCCGAGCCGACCGUGGGGGCUGCGAUCGACGUUGCACCCUACGCUGCUAACCCGUGCGAGGUCGCGCUCCUGCAGGCCAUCACCCACGCAGCGCGUCCGCCCGCCUCGCCGUUCUCGCCGCACAUCUUUGAUGCGAGCCCGGUAGCAGCAAAUUGGAGCUAUCCGGUCGAUGCAAUUGUCAGCUCGGCCGGUGUGGUGUUUCCAAGCCCAGGGCCAAAGCAGGUGAUUGCAUACGCUGGUGCCAGUGCAGUCGCGCUGGAUGUGAACGUGGGUUACAUCGGCAACGCGCACGACGAGCUGAAGGUACCGGCGCUGUUGAUCAUUCAAGUUCGGACCAUUUCCACGGCCAACGUGACGCUUGCUCCUGUUGUUUCGGGCUUUGCAGGCGAGGCGCUGCGCUUUAGUCUGCAGGCCUGGUCGCGCGAUGGUCUGCCAGUCCCGGCGUCAUCGGCCGCGAUCGCCGUCAUCGACACAACCAGCGGGAGUCACCUGAGCAUCACGCGUAGCUCACGCGCAGCAUCUGGUGCUCUUGACAUAGUGCUGCGUAUUGUCACAGCUGGACGUUAUCCUGUUGAGGUCCGAGUCGACGGCGUGCGUGCUGGGAGUGCCACGAUCGAGAUCCGUCCCGAGUGCGCGCCGGGCUUUUACCCGACUGGAGAACUAGGAACCUGCGGUAAGUGCGCGACGUGGAUCCGACUAGCCCCUGGCCGGGCGCCGCACCUCAAGCUCAUCGAGUUGGCGUUCAUCGCCGCGACCCUGGCCUUCAUCGCAGUCGCUGACAUGGACGAAUGGGAGGGCGAAGACAAGCUGGUGUCCACAGACAAGCUGUUGGACAACUUGACAGCGCUUGGCCUGGGCGGUUUCUCCUCCGAUGGGCGGCCUCUGGCCGCGGCACUAGAGCACAUCGGCGACCUGCUCAAGGAUGGUCGGCUGGAUGACGAGGAUCAGCCACCGCCGGUGGUCGACGCUGACGAAAAUGCCCAGUUUGAGCGGGUUAUAGCCGACGCCGCAGAGCUGAGUCGACACCUGACGAUGGCUGCGGCAAGCGCGCGGCCGAGCCCAUCACUUCUGGCUGCCAUCAACGAGCAGAUUGAGGCAUGGCGGGCGAGGCCUCCGCCGACGUUUACCAACUCGCGGUUCGACACGGUCCGGGCAAUCAUUGCCGGGUCUCUAGCGUACACCGAGAGAGCCAUCACCAACAGCGACUACCAGCUCGCGACAGAGCUCUGGCAGCAGCGUGUUGUUCCGCUGAUGAGGGCGUACGAGAUGGACUUUGAUCUAGAAAUGCCCUUGUAA